AUGUCUGAGACUUUCCAAGAGCUUGCCGAUAUCCCCAAGGACUUUGUCCGGGAGGGCUCUCAAUUCGUGCGCCGCUGCACCAAGCCCGAUAAGCGUGAAUUUAUCAAAAUCAGCCAGGCUGUCGGCAUGGGCUUCCUCGUCAUGGGAGCCAUUGGCUACUUCGUCAAGCUGAUCCACAUCCCCGUCAACCAGGUCCUGGUCGGUGGCGCAUAA